AUGCAGUUCUUACCGCUUUGGAUGGCACCGUGGCUGUUGUCAGCAGUCGCGGCAACUUCUUUGGUGGCUGUUCACUGGAGCAUGCCGAAUUAUCGUGUGCCUCAAGAAAUCCUCAUCUCCAUCACAAGCUCCUGUACCAUGAUGUUGCCACAGGGCUUCCUUGAUUCGCAAUGCGGAUUUGUGGUGUCAGACGCGAUUUGGAGCAUGCUGCUUGGUACGAUUUGGGGCAUGCUGGCAUCGAUUCCCUACACCAUCGCCUGCAGAGCCAAACUGCAAAGCCACGAGUUGAUGCUGCAGCAGAUGGCUUCUUUCGAAUGUCGGGCAGCAGAAUGCACGAUAGAGGCUGACCGGAUCCUCGUGGAACAGGUGGUCCAGACACUUUUCAAGUCGGAACACGAAGAAGAACCGGUGGUUCAGGCGGCAUCCUCUCCUGGAACCUACGAACACCUGCAGACAGAAUCGGGUGCCGAUAGUAGUGUUGCAUCCUGGGUGCCAUCCACUACAUACCAGGUCGGUUCCGAGACAACGGGGAUCCUACACAACAAUGUGGCCAGCCCUGGAACUGAUCAGGAAGCAUUGGACGCUUUCAACAGCUACAUUCGUGGUCCCCUUCGUCGUGCAGUGAUGGAGAGUGUCGGAAACCAGCUGCAUCUGCCUUACCGCAUUUGCUUGGUAGCUGCUUUGCCCCUGAUCUUGUAUUUCCCUGUGGAUCUUCUCCAAUGCGGUGACGAUUGCAGGUCCCGCUAUAAUUACCCGUCCCUCAAGAACGUCUUCCUGUCGGAGAUGCUAGCCUGGCUUGUUAACACAUUUUUGGUGUUUCCCAUCUUCUGUCCGAUUCUUCUUCGCAUGCUAAAGCAUGCCUUCACCGUCCAAUCACAGAAGUUACAACUUGUGUUGGCAAUUCUCAGCACCGUCUUGACCUUUAGCUAUGGUUUUCUGUGCGCUGGAGUGGUGGGUGGACUUGUGUAG